AUGUACCUUCCACUUCCUGGCUUCAGCCUCUUGCCAAACCUCAUAUCUGCUUUUCUCGGCUCUGUCUCGUCCUGGGAUAGACCAAAUACUCGCGAAAUAGCGUGCUUGGACCUGAAAUCCAGCAUUCAUAUUGAAAAUACGACCAUAACCAACGUAUCCUACCUGCCCGCAGGCUCCUCAGUUUCUACGCCAGAAAUCACCUUGCGUGUGUCCACAACUUUAUGUCGCGUUGAGUUUUCCACACAGACAAGUCCUACCUCGUACAUUAGAGCAGAAGCAUGGCUUCCGGAUGAGUGGUAUGGUCGGUUCUUGGGGCUAGGAAAUGGCGGGCUGGGCGGCUACAUCGACUACCGUGGUCUUGACUAUGGCUCCAGCCUUCACUUCGCCUCUGUGGGCUCAAACAACGGUCACGGAUGGAUCUACCGGCUUCCAAUUUCUACACAACCCAGAGUGGGUAAGCAAAUCGUCAAGGCAUACUACACACACGCCCAUACCAAGUCCUACUAUCUUGGCUGUUCAACUGGGGGACGUCAAGGAACCCAAUCUGCCCUUAAAUAUCCAGCGGACUUUGACGGGAUUCUUGCGGGAGCGCCAGCGACAGACUUCAAUCAUUUGCAGUAUUGGACCGGCAUAACAGCGAAGCAUCUUGGUUCUCCGACGCCAGAAUCCUCGCCAUCAUAUAUCCCUCUUGACACUUGGCACGACCUCAUUGCAGAAGUGGUUCUAAAAACAUGCGAUCUGCUCGACGGCGUAGAGGAUGGGACAAUAACCGAACCUGACGACUGCAAGUUUGAUCCUCAGGUCUUGUUGUGCGGGAAAUACUCAACGAGUUGCUUAACACAAGCUCAAGUAGACGCUCUGCACAAGAUAUACUCGCCCGUUUAUGUUGAUGGGAAACUCAUUUACCCUCGUUUUGAUCCUGGCGCCGAAAAUGAUACCGCCAGUGCUAGUCUGCUUUCAGGAGCAUUUCCAGAUUUUCCGAAGAACUGGCUCAGAUAUGCCGUGCUCAACGACACUCACUUUGAUGGUAGUGAAUUCAACGAAACCCACCUCCGCGCAAUGGACCAAGUCAACCCAGGUGGUAUCUCGACAUUCGACGGAGACUUCUCCGUGUUUCGCGCGCGUGGAGGUAAAUUCCUGACCUAUCACGGCCGUAUGGACUCUCUCAUUGCGUCAGGCAACUCUAAACGCUACCAUGAUCUUGUCGCCCAAGACUUCGACACGCCUGACGACUUCUAUCGCCUUUUCCUCGUUCCUGGCAUGGGUCAUUGUGCAGGAGGACCAGGAGCAACAAAAUUCGGCCAAUUGGGCCGCGAAACAACUGCUGCAAAGAACGACUCGCAGCACAAUAUCCUCUUGUUGUCUAUCCUUUCCUCCCAGUCCGCCCAUGAGAAAGCGUGCCUCUCCCUGAAAACUCUUGACCUCGAAAACACGACAAUAACUCGACUUUCUUAUGUUCAUAAAGGCUCUAGCGUGGCGACAUCUGGGCCCUGCACAUCCAAAGCGGAUGUCACUGCGUCAUUAUGCCGUGUGGAGUUUACCACGAACACAAGCAACACUUCGUCCGUUCGGGCAGAAGCAUGGUUGCCGGAUGAAUGGUAUGGUCGAUUUCUGGCCAUAGGGAACGGUGGACUUGGUGGCUGUAUCGACUACGCUGAGCUGGACUACGGCUCGUCUAUGCAUUUCGCAACGGUCGGCUCUAACAACGGACACGACGGCCGAAACGGGAUUGUGUUCCUCAACAACCCAGAAGUCAUCAACGACUUCGCAUUUCGGUCGGUCCAUGUAGAAGCCAUGAUCGGAAAGCUACUCGUCGAGGCGUACUACCAACAAACGCAUACGACAUCCUAUUAUCUGGGAUGUUCAACCGGGGGGAGACAGGGAAUGCAAGCUGCGCUGAGGUACCCAGAUGACUUUGACGGCAUUAUUGCUGGCGCCCCAGCCACGGACUGGAAUCAUCUGCUAUACUGGGCUGGCGCCACAGCUCAGGCUAUCGGUGCACCGACACCUUGGUCUUCCCCAUCGUACAUUCCUCCACGAAAGUGGCGGUCCUUGAUUGCAAAGGAAAUCCUUCGGCAAUGUGACGCGCUUGAUGGAAUCGCAGAUGGGAUCAUUUCCGAGCCAGACGACUGCGACUUCGACCCACAAGUCCUUUUAUGCAGCCAUAGUGCUGGCGCCAACCUCGAGAGGUGUCUAACGGAACCACAAGUAGCCGCAUUGCGCAAGAUCUACUCGCCUCUGAAGGUAAACGGAGAACGUGUUUAUCCUCGCUUUGAUCCUGGGGCAGAGAGUACACCACUCGGCUUGACUGUCUUCACAGGAGUGUUUCCUCCGACUCCGAAGGACUGGCUUCGAUAUGCCGUCCUCAACGACAGCAAGUUUGACGGCCGAGACUUUGGUGAAGGCCACCUGCUCUUGAUGGAUGAGAUCAACCCAGGCGGCAUCUCUACUUUCGACGGCAACUUGUCAUGCUUCCGCGAUCGGGGAAGUAAGCUGCUGACCUACCAUGGUCGCAUGGAUCCUAUUAUACCAUCCGGCAACUCAAAGCGCUACCACAACCUUAUCACGCACACCAUCGGGUCUCCGGAUAACUUCUACCGUCUCUUCCUUGUGCCAGGCAUGAGCCAUUGCGCUCGCGGGCCCGGUGCCGCGAACUUCGGACAGCUUGGCGGAGCGGUGGGUCCACGAAACGAUUCGGAGCAUAACAUUCUUUUGGCACUCGUCGAUUGGGUCGAAGGCGGGGUUGCGCCGAAUUCCAUCGUAGGCACAAGCGCCGAACGAAAUAGAGGGAGGACAGCGGAGACGAGGGUGCAUUGCAUGCACCCUGCCAGGAGCAUCUGGGAUGGGUCCAAGUUCAUUUGCCAAAAUUAG